GACCUUAAUGGUUUUGGUUUUGGUUUUUGCUGAUUUGGUUUUUGAUUUUUGGUUUUUCAUACUUAAUGGUUUGGUUAACCAAACCAAACCAAAUUGACAGCCCUACUCCUAGCUAGCUUAGCUCUCUCCUAUUUAUAACAAAGAGAAACCCAAGUUGUAAAACAUAAAACUCGAGCCAAUUUUUGUUCUACUUCCGCAAGAAAAUAUGCCCCUUCUACUCUUGCUAAUAACCUUCCUCUCGCUACAUCUUCUUUACACCAUCACGAUCAGGAAGAAGUCCUCAUUGUCGAUCACAAACUGGCCUCUCAUGGGAAUGCUUCCAUCCCUCCUAUGGAACCUCUCCCGCCUCCACGAAUUCGCCACCGAAAUCCUGAAAGCAAAUGGUGGAACCUUCGCCUUCAAAGGACCUUCCUUCACCAACCUCGACUUCAUCGUCACAAGCGACCCUACCAACGUCCACCACAUCGUCACAAAGAACUUCUCCAACUACCCCAAGGGACCCGAGCUCAAGGCGAUCAUGGCGCCAUUUGGAGACGUCCUAUUCAACAGCGACGGAGACUCCUGGAAGACGAAGAAGGAGAUCGUCCUCUCCCUCAUCAAAACCGCCGGAUUCGAGAGGCUUCUCAUGACAACCCUUCGUCACAAACUGGCCGACAGCCUUAUCCCGGUACUCGACCACGCCGCGAGAAAUCAUGAUGAUGGUGGUGUUGUUCUUGACUUGCAAGAUGUGAUGAAGCGGUUCACGUUCGAUCUCACUUGUUUGCUCCUCCUGGGGGUCGACACGGAGUGCCUGUCGACGAGUUUUCCUCGUGUUCCAUGUGCGGAGGCGUUUGAUGUGAUAGAAGAGGCCAUCGUUUACCGCCAUUGCGUCCCGCCGUGGGUUUGGAAGUUGCAAAGAUGGCUUCACGUCGGGUGGGAAGGGAUGACUGUCAAAGCGGAGGAGUGUCUUAACGGGUUUCUGGAGGAAAGGAUCAGAGAGAAGAUGGUGGAGAAGCAUGCCAAGGGGAGUAGUGUUAAUGAUGAUGGUGAUGAUAAUUAUGACUUGUUGAUGACGCUUAUAGUUGAGACUGAGCGAUUAAUGGGGAGUGGUUGUUGUUUCAACAGUAAGGGCGAGAAGUUUGUGAGGGAGACUGUGGUUAGCCUGAUGGUGGCCGGGAGAGACACCAUUGCUGUCGCUUUGAGUUGGUUCUUUUGGCUCGUCGCCACCAACCCCGGCGUAGAGGAGAAGAUCCUAGAAGAACUAGAUCGAGUCGUCGUUACACAAACAGGUGAAGAAAAAGGGCUCUUUUCGAGCAUAGAAGAGUUGAACAAAAUGGUGUACCUCCACGGGGCCAUAAGCGAGACUCUGAGGCUGUACCCGUCGGUGCCAUAUGAACCGAAACAAUCUCUGGAAGCCGACGUGCUUCCCAGCGGCCACGGUGUGGGCAAGAACACUAGGAUUUUAGUGUCCAUUUACUCGAUGGGAAGGAUGGAGGAGGUGUGGGGUAAUGACUGGAUGGAGUUCAGACCCGAGAGGUGGGUUUCUGAAAGAACAGAAGGGAACAACAUCAUCAAUGAUGAUGAUGUUGAGAAGAAAAAGAUUUGUAAUAUUCAUGUACCAUCCUACAAGUUUGCAGCGUUUAUGGCGGGGCCAAGAUCAUGCCCAGGACGGAAAAUAGCGUUCAUGCAGUUGAAAAACAUAGCCAGUUGUGUUUUACGCAAGUAUAAGAUUGUUGUGGUGGAUGAUCAUCCCGUUGUCCCGCUGCCUUCUAUCAUGAUGUUCAUGAGAUAUGGUCUGAAGGUUAGAGUUUCAAGCAGGACAUCAAAGAGUAAGUAGUACCGGCCCUCUUAGUGUGUAUAUGUGGCGAGAAGUUACUAAUAUAUAUGUACGUAUAUGUAACUCAAUGUACCUUUUAUGUUUUGAUAAAUAUGUACCUUAAUCUGUUAUGUUCAUUAUAGCCGUACAUAUGCCGUGAAUGCAUGUACGCACAAGAAUAAUGGUGAAAAGUGUUGACGACAUACAAAAUGCGCUUUCAUUACGUUGUGAUUAGGAUGUUAAUGAAUUGCUAUACUACCAUGUGCUUGAAGUACAAUUUUUAAAAUGUAAAUUUUUCUAAUCAAAGGUUUACGAGUUU